AGUAUGUGCCUACAGCAUGCCUGUUUGUAGCCCCAGCAUACCUGCACCCAUCCUUGAUGCUCGCCAAACUUGGCGCUCUGAAUCUCGUCCUUGAUCACGUCCGUCAGGCACCACUUGAUCUUCUACCGCUUUUGCCUAGCCACGCCGUGGCGGUUGCGGAAAGAUGUCCACCACUCGAGCUGCACCGCCGCCCCUACCUUCAGCUCCUCGUCCCGCCCAAGCAGGCGCAAGUCGGAGCAUUUACGCAUCAUCAUCUCAAACGCACGCCGCUUUCCUCUUCAAUCAGCUCUUUCUCAUCCUCUCACAGCUGCAGAGCUCAUCGAGCAUAAGUCAAGAUGAUCAUCAGGCCAUCGUUGCUAGAUUGGAGAGGGUGCAGUUGAAGGAGGCGGCGGGUGAAGUGGAAAAGGAUGAGAACUUGAUGACGGAACGGGAAAAGGAGGCUGAGAGGGGAAAGAGAAACGCUUGGGUUCAGAAGGCGAUAUCCGAGACAUCUUUGCUGCCGACGCUGGUAGAGACGGCGCUGAACAUGACAGCCGGGCCAUUUCUAUCGGACAAUCAAGUCGACGCGAUCGUCCAGCUUGUAGAAAUGUCUCAGAACAAGAUUGCUGCAGCAGUGACUGAUCCAUCCUUGCAGCGCAAAGCCGAAACUGGCGUGGGGUCUGGCGCUCUCUCGGCUGGCAAGGGUAUUCGUAAAGGUUUCGCUUCGGCUGGAGACAAGUGGGAAAAUAUGCUCAGCAAGAGGUUGGAGAAGAAGGAGAUGGAAAAGAGCGAGAGGCAGGAAAAGAAGAGGAUGAAGGAGGAGCUCAGGGCGGAGAGGGAAGAAAUCGUUAGGAAACGUCAGCAGGAGAUAUUGAGCGGCGGUGGCAGCAGCUCCACAGCAGCGAUGAGUGCUGCUCCGGAGCGUGCAAACGAUGAUGAUAAGCCACCCUCGCUGUCGUUCGCAACGUCUUUGGCAUCAUCUGGAACCCCAUCGACUUUUCGCGAUGAGCUCAGCCCUACCUCGACGAGCCUCGCAUCAGCCGCUCCCGCUUCUCGUACUCUGCCUCCUCCACCCACCUCCACGUCCGCCAAGCCCGUCGUCGCAGCGGAGGAGCCAUCGCGAGCAAAGGAUCACUCCAUCACGUCGGCGCAAGACGGCUUGGCCACAGCCACCAUCGACGUGCUCUCCCUCGACGGCUUCGAUGCUCCGGGCUCCCAGAGCGCCGCAAGCACGAGCCGCUUCAGUCCUUGGCCAGGUCUCAUCCUGACGAAUACCCUCGUCGCUUCAAGAACGUCGCUAGACGUACCACGAGGCUCUUCAAAGGAUCCCGCAAUCGAAUCAUCGACGACCAGACAAGCCAACGAGUCCAGAGACCUGCCCUUGCCACCCCCGCCCUCUAGAACAUCCUUGUCGCAUCCAUCCCAAAGUACCGCUUCCAGCCAGCAGCAAUUGCAGUGGCCUUCGUGAGUGGCUGGUCAGGAUGUCCACCGCCCGAUGUCGUUCAGUAGCUCGCGUGCCUGCGAGUUGGUUAUGCGAUGA